AUGUUUUUCAAGGCUGAAGUAGCAUUGUUAGCGCUGUUCAGUAGUAAAGGUGUGGGUGGACUCAUGGGUGACUCGCCGGGCGGCCCCCCAAUGCACGAAAAGAAUGCAAAUCAGGGUGUCAAAAAGAUCACCCUCGAGGUCACUGAAAUGGUUACAAGCUUAGAUGGCGGGAAGCCACGAGAAAUGUUCGCUAUCAAUGGCAGGCCGUUCAACGGCGCCGAACCAAUCGUCGUUGACGAAGAUGACGUGGUGGAGAUAGAUUACAUAAAUAAUGCGCAUACAAAUACUACUCUCCACGCACAUGGUAUUACUCAAAGUGGUACAAUAUGGUCAGAUGGAGUUCCAGGCGUGACUCAAACCUAUAUUGGAAGUGGUGAAAAUUUCACGUAUCAAUGGAACGCGGAGUAUGGAAUGUAUUGGUUGCAUGAUCACUCACGUGAGCAGUACCAAGAUGGUAUAGCUCUUCCAGUCUACGUCCGACCAAACGACAAUCGUCCAAAGCCUUUCUAUCAGCUCACAAACGACAAUAACGCAAUCGAGUCACUCGAAAAGCAAGACAGAGAUCCGCAGAUUAUCAUGCUGGCUGACUACACAACGCUUAACAGCACUGAACAGAAGCGAUUGUCUGAAGAGUGGCAUUCAGAAUUACUAUGUUACGACGCUGUACUCAUUAACAACCAUGGACGCAGAAAUUGCCCAGCUAUGGAUAAGCUGAGAACGUAUGCAUCCGAAAAUAAAAAUGGGCUGAUUGAUGGCUCCUACAUCACCGCCAAAGGAUGUCCGAACAUUACAGAAAGCACUCCAGCAGUGCCUGACGAUAUAGAGCUCGAUGCAGAUGUGUGGUUUAACUGCGAGGAGACCAACACGACUACUCCAAAGUUUGAAUUCGAGUAUGUUGACGAUGGCAAUGAGCAAUGGGCCGUCCUACAUAUGGUUUCCGCGGCUAGUCACUGGUCUUACAUCGUUUCAAUCGAUGAGCAUCCAGUUUAUCUGUUUUCUCAAGACGGAAGAUAUCACAGCAUGCCGUCUGCAGAGCCUGCCGAUGCUUUUGAGUUUGUUAUUGGAGAGCGUCUGGGAGUUGCUUUUAAAUUACACACAGCAGGCGAAUAUGUAAUGCGAGUAUCUGUUUGGAACGCACCUCAGAUUCUGGCAACACACGCAAUCAUCAGCUAUGGUAAUAACAACAACGUUCGCUACGUGAAGGAGGAAGGGCUUCCUGCGCUGCCUGAUUCCAAGCCAACUAUUAACUACGGAGGUGGAUUGGUUAAGGAGAACGCGACUGUUAUACAAUCAACUCAACUACGUGCAUACGAUGCGCCAAAUGUACCCAAACCUCACGAGAAAGCUGACAAGACGCUAAUUUUCACAUUGCAAUACGACGGGACGUUAUACUGGGGUAUGUCAGACGAGGGAGCUGUAGUUGAACGGUACAAUAUCACCGAAAAGCAGACCGCUGAGACACCUGCACUUUUCGAUCUGGAGUCAUACAUUGGCUCGUCAUCAACCGCUCACUACCCAGCCGGUAGCGUUGUAGACGUGGUGUUUGUCGUUAAUGGAACAGUUCCUCAACCGCCUCACCCGAUGCAUUUCCAUGGGCUUCACAGGCACUUGCUUGGUAGCGGUACUUUGGGGCUGAUGAGCUGGAACUACACUGAUGUGGCGGAUUUCGAUGCUCACAACCCUGAUGCUAUCAACUGGGAGGAUCCAGCUUACGUCGACACGUUCAACACGCCAUCUUCCAUGCCUGAUGCACCCUCCUACCUCGUUACGCGCUUUGAAGCUGGAGAAGCAGAGCCUACGCUCUUACAUUGUCACAUUGGAUCCCAUAAAGCGGAAGGAAUGGAAUAUCUUCUCAUAGCGGAAGGAAAACAGCCUGAGAUACCAGAAUACUACAGAAUCCAGGCCGGUCAAGUUGACUAUUAG